UUCUAUUUGAUGAAUUUAUAAAAAAGCAUUUUUGGGGUGGGACUUGUAAGGGCAUGAUUGGUGAUGCAAGUUUAGGGUCUUGAAGAGCCAAAAAGUCAAGUGCUUUAAUUGAUUUCCUCUGAAUUGUUGUUUGUUUUUUUUUUUUUUUGUUUUGUUUUCAGGUCAGAACUGGGAAACAAGCCCGAGUCGGAAUUGGGACUUCCUUUGUUUAUUUCUCAGGUUUUUUGUUUUUGAAGAUUUUCUGCACAUUGAGAAUCAUUGAGAUGACCUCUCUUUGAUGAUGAUGAUGAUGAUAAGUUCUUAGAUCUUUUCUGAUCAAUUUGAUAGAGUUCCAGCAAAAAGAUUAGCUUGUUUUUCAUUGAUUUUAUUUCUGUUUUGAUCUUCUUAAAAAAAUUCUUUAAAGAUUGAACCUUUGUGGGGGUUGUUGGACUGAUUUAAUAAAUAUGGAUUUGAGAACAAGUGUUGAUGGUGGUGAGGUGCCCAAAGGGGACUAUUCAGGGCAUCCAGAAGGGGAAUUAGGGUCUAAGUUGAAGGGGCCAGGGAGUAUUAGUGAUGGAAAUAUGGCAGGGAAGAGCCCUAGCAAAGAUAUGAUUUUUAGGGCUGAUAAGAUUGAUCUCAAAAGCUUGGAUGUUCAAUUGGAGAAGCAUCUGAGUCGGGUUUGGUCUAGGAGUGUAGAACAUCAAGUCCAGAGGCCCAAGGAGGACUGGGAGAUUGAUCCUUUGAAAUUGGAGAUUAGGUAUCUUAUUGCUCAAGGCACCUAUGGCACGGUUUAUCGCGGUACCUAUGAUACUCAAGAUGUUGCAGUGAAAUUGUUGGACUGGGGAGAGGAUGGCAUGGCCACCGCUGCAGAAACUGCCGCUCUACGAGCAUCAUUUCAGCAGGAGGUUGCGGUUUGGCAGAAGCUUGACCACCCAAACGUUACAAGUUUUGUUGGUGCAUCAAUGGGAACUUCAAAUCUUAAAAUUCCAUCGAAAAACCCUUCUGAGGGUUAUACCACCCUUCCAUCAAGGUCGUGUUGUGUUGUGGUGGAAUUCCUUGCGGGUGGAACCUUGAAAAAUCUUUUGUACAAAAACCGGAAAAAGAAGCUGGCGUUUAAGAUUGUUAUUCAACUUGCUUUGGAUCUUUCUCGAGGGUUGAGCUAUUUACAUUCCAAAAAAAUAGUUCAUCGCGAUGUGAAAGCUGAAAACAUGUUGCUGGAUACUAGUCGAAAUUUGAAAAUCGCUGAUUUCGGUGUGGCUCGUGUUGAAGCACAGAAUCCAAAGGACAUGACGGGUGAAACUGGUACCCUUGGGUACAUGGCCCCAGAGGUUCUUGAUGGCAAGCCCUAUAACAGAAAAUGCGAUGUAUACAGCUUCGGGGUUUGCUUGUGGGAAAUUUACUGCUGUGAUUUGCCAUAUCCAGAUCUGAGCUUUGCUGAAGUUUCUUCUGCGGUUGUUAGACAGAAUCUCCGCCCAGAAAUUCCCAGAUGUUGCCCGAGUUCCUUAGCCAGCAUCAUGAAGAAAUGCUGGGAUGCGAAUCCAGACAAGCGACCUGAAAUGGACGAAGUAGUGAGGUUGAUGGAAGCGAUUGAUACGAGCAAGGGAGGAGGGAUGAUACCCGAAGACCAAGCUGGCGGCUGUUUCUGCUUUGCUCCAACUCGCGGUCCAUAAGGCUUCUCCACACCCGCUCUCUUUUUGCCUUUCGUAAGGCGCUCGAUUUGUACUCUCUGUACAAACUCAUUUCCCUCUCAGACAUCAAAUAAUUAGAGCAAAAAGUUCCAACUUCUCUUGUUCUUUGUCACAGUGUAACCAUGGUUUGUUAAUUUUCGAGAUUUUCUUGCACAGUUCUGUACUAUACCAGGUGCUCGAUUUGUCGUAUAAUGCAUUUUGAUUCUUCCAAUGUUUCAUAAAAUCUUUUGUUGUUUGGUAUAUAUAUAUGAUGAUUCUCAA